AUGACAAGUCGUCGGUGGAUCUCCUUCGUCCUCCUAUCACUUGUGAUACUCGUAACUCUACCUUGUUACGAAAAUCGUGCCAGGAAUACUCCAAGUACACAGAAAUUAAUUAGAAAUAGACAGAUAUAUAAGUUACACAAAGACAAACCUUUAUCUAACUAUAUAGAUGAUGAUUGGGAUAAAGGAAAUCUUCACAUAGAACAAAAUGAUGAGCCAUGGGGUUCAGUGUCUAUGCAGCAGCAGAAAGAAAACAUUUAUAUACGCGAAUCUUCGUCUACUAAUUUUACGUACAAUGAUACACGAGAUAAUCAACUGUUAGAACACAAUGAACAGAGUUUGACACAUAAAAGAUUUAAAAGGGGUGUAAUACAUCUGUAUAAUAUGGUAGUAUGUGCUACUGGAUGCAAUCCUUUAGCUUAUAAAGGAUAUGGAUGUUACUGUGGUUUUUUGGGUUCAGGAUAUGUAAUAGAUGGAAUAGAUAAAUGUUGUAAAAUGCAUGAUUGGUGCUAUGAUGCUACAGAAUGUCCAAUGUUGUCAGAGUAUUUUGUACCAUAUUACUGGAGGUGUUACCGUGGAUAUAAACCAGUAUGCGCCGUUGAACACGGAAACUGGGGAGAAUCUGGAUCAUGCGCUCAGCGAUUAUGUGAAUGCGACCGUUCUUUCGCUGAAUGUUUAAGACGUUAUCCUUGCCCAACAACCAAAGCUGUAUGCACUUCCUCACCUUGGAGAUUGGUACAAAAUCUUUUUAUGAUCAUGUAA